GUUGAUAAUUAAGAAAAGCCAAGGAACGCCUUUAAAACAAUCGUUGGUGAAGAAAACAUAGUGUCAGCUACGGCGCAGAAGGCAGACAUUCGGCAUGGUUGAAGCUGGAAAUGAAGCAGCCUCUAGCAUGACCUCUUCGGUCAAACUGAGAGCAAAACGAAAAUACACACGUAAACAAAAAGGCAGUAAAAGCAGCACCAAGCAUCUCAUUGACGAUGCAAAGGCAAAAUGUUUGGAGAAUAACGAGAACGAAAAGAAAAGCACAGAUCAAAAUAGAACCAAAGAAUCAAUUGGUGAUGCUAAAGAAAACUCUUCAUAUAUAUACGGGUACCCUCGCCACCAUCAAGUCACAUUCGACGAUCUUGCAAGCGAGCAGAAAGAUCUCGACUACCAGCAAAAAACCAGUGAUCGUAAAAUUGCUCCAGCUGACAAAGGUAUAGGAGAGCCUUCAGAGGCUACCUGUGAGGACCUGAUACCAGAGGGGGAGAGGAACGAUAAUACUCCACCAAACCAAGCUCAAUCUUCACCAGCAAUUUCAACAAACACAGUACAAGCUAAAGAAAUGACAAUGUUCAUCAACCACACAUCUGAGUCGACGGCAUUAGGCCCUGCAAAGACAACCAACUCGAUAUAUCUGAAGAAUGAAGGACGGCUACUUCGACCCGACGAUGCUCUGUUCGAUGAUGAAGAGGAUGACAAAGAGAAGACAUUUUUCGAUUUAACAUCCGUUUCUGCACCGGGAACUCUAAAUGGACUGAACAAUUUGCUGAACGGAACGCAAAGUGUCAAUGCGAAUUCUUAUAGUAAUAUAGGAUAUUCGACGUCCAGUGCAACGUGGAACAGCCUAAUCAGUGGAUAUCCCAGCAAUACAACAAAUGGAACCGUGACGAGCAAUAUCAACGGCCUGAAUAUAGGCUCAACAAUCAACAACCUCGACAUUGCUUUCCCGAGUUUUCACGGUGGCCCUACCUACAAAGAUCCGCAAUUUCCAUUCAAAGAGCAGCACAACUUCGUCGGUGAGCACAGCCCUUCUUCUUCAACAUCGGGAACGUCAGCAGUAAACGUCAACUCUCCGACGCAAAAGCCUACAUCACUUCCACCGCUGAAUCUCGAAAACCCGUCACCAUCAAAACGAAGCGACAAGGCAUCGCCAAGCUCCAUGUUAACGCCCCUAACGCCACUCAGUCAUGUGUCGGCGUUGGGAGGAUUCGCAACCGAAGGUUUCUACACGAGAGAAAGCAAGUCAAGCCCUCAAGGACAGUUAAAUCCGAGUGUAUCUUAUGGGUUUAAUAGCUCGGCUUUACCGAGUGCGUUCACAAGCAGCACAACGGACUUGACAUCUUCUUCAUCAAACAUGCGAAAUUCGCUUUACAACGACACUGGAAUGCGAUACAACCAAAGCAACAACUCGGACUUUUCACCGCAGCAGCAAAUCGAUCUUUUAGCAAAUUCAGCAAUGUUUUUGCAGCCGAGAGGAGUUAGCAGCCCUGGGAUGAAUCCUUACUUGAAGAGCAAUUACUACCAAAACAGUGGAAACAUAUACGGAAACAGCAAUGGCGUCGUUAGUGGAACUAAUAUGAACACGAUGCAAAUGUUCAACCAGGAACAGAACAUGAAUAUGGGCAUGGGAAUGGGUAUGUUGCAGUCAGCAAGUCCGCCCCAAACUUCGGAUAUGAACCUGAAUGGAUCUCACAACCAACAGAUUUUGCAAGAGAAAAUAAAAAAUGGAUGCAACGAGGACAUUGUAAAUGACUUGAACUCGAAGAAAGUUGGCAAUAAGGGAUAUCUUUGUGAACUUUGUGGAAAACUAUACACUAGGAAAUACGGUUUGAAAAUCCACAUGAGAAUACACACGGGAUACAAACCACUUCGAUGCAAGUACUGUCAAAAAAGAUUCGGGGAUCCGAGCAACAUGGCAAAGCAUAUUCGGCUGCAUGCUGUUGGGGACACACCUUACAAAUGUCAAUUUUGUGGAAAAGUUUUGGUCAGAAGAAGAGACUUGGACAGGCAUAUAAAAUCGAGGCAUCCAAACGGACAGUAGUAUAUCGAACAAUACACGCAAAGAGUAGUUCACCUCGACCUUUUUCUAGCAAACUGCCUAGUUUGAAAAAAUUGAAACUUAGAUUUAUCAAUAUUCUCUGACGUUGAUGCUUUUGGCAUACUUGAAAAUUUAGACAUUAUGAUACAUAAAUUUAUGAUCACUUGCAGUUUGCUAGAAAAAAAGAGAUAAUGAUAUUAGUUUUAUUUGUAUGAUAUUGUAAAUAUUAUAUUUAAUAACUUAUAAUCAGUUAGAUUAUUACUGAGCAUCUUUUUCGAGCCGCAUUAGGUUAAAAGAGUAGACUUAGAAAAUAAUAGAAGUAAUAUUAUUCUGCAUCUUUUAACGAACACACAUAGACUAUUUUGAAAUUGCCUUUCGUUUGUUGGAAAUCGAAAACUUUGGCGACACAAGUUACUUUGUAGGGUAUCACAGAAAAAGCAGCUUAAAGAUGUAUUUUUAUUGUUAAAUCAGAGUAUUUAGAAUUAGCAAUGAUUUGAGUAUACGAAUGAAUUAUGUUAUAACUCGCAA